AUGGACGAGCUGUAUGGAAUCAAGAGCAACGGUGAAGCAGUGGCCAGGGACCUACUCGGGCACGUUGCUUCGAACGAGCCCAAAGUUGUGAUAUCGACGAUGACGAACCCCUUCAGGAACCUGGCAUUGGAGGAAUUUGUAUUCGCAAAUACCCCAAGAACACCACAGUUCAACGCCCAGAGGCUCGUGUUGUAUACAAACUCACCGUGUGUUGUUGUGGGCAAGAAUCAGAACCCCUGGAAGGAGGUGAACCUGCCGUUGAUACACUCUUUGAGCAUCCCAAUGUUGAGGAGAAGAAGUGGUGGGGGGACAGUGGUGCACGAUCUCCACAACGUCAAUUAUAGCUAUAUGACCACCAGGGAAUCGUUUGACAGGAAGUUCUUCGGUGGUGUGAUAGUGUCACAGCUACAGUCCAUCGGAGUCGCUCUGAAACAGAACGAAAGAGGUGAUAUCAUCACAAUGGAGGGGUUGAAAGUGAGUGGCAGUGCGUAUAAGAUAUCCAAGGGGUUGAGCUAUCAUCACGGAACGAUGCUCUUGAGCUCGAAGCUGGACAUCUUGAAGAAGCUGCUUGACACCACGAAGAGAGACCGAGACGUAACCAUACGGUGUAACGGUGUUGAUAGUGUUCCGGCCCCUGUCACGAACGUUGGCAUCGACAACGAUGUGUUUGUAGAACAGGUCGUCACAGGCUUUAAACAGCUCUUUAACCAGGAAGUUGACGUUAUCACUGUUGGAGACGAGUCUCCACUGCAGCCAGAUAUCUUGAGGAUAUCUGAAGAACUACAAGAAUGGGAUUGGAAAUACGGCAAUUCACCAAAAUUCGAAUACGACAUACGACACCCUGAUUUUGAGGUGACGUUUAAUGUGGAAAAGGGCUAUCUUCAACACUUCACUGUUAAAGGCGAUGCUUCUCAAUUCAACCUCUUAUCGAUGGCACUAGAUAACGGUGAACGCUUGCAGUUCAGAGGCGAUGUCAUUGCGGGCUACAUCGUCGACGAUACGACAUCUCAAUACAUUGGUGAGCGUAUAGAUGGCACCGAUUGA